CGGCGCGGCGCGGCAAGAUGGCGGACAAAGAGAAGAAGAAGAAGGAGAGCAUUUUGGACUUGUCCAAGUACAUCGACAAGACGAUCCGGGUGAAGUUUCAAGGAGGCCGCGAAGCCAGUGGAAUCCUGAAAGGGUUUGACCCCCUCCUGAACCUCGUGCUCGAUGGCACCAUUGAAUACAUGAGAGACCCCGAUGACCAGUACAAGCUCACCGAGGACACGCGGCAGCUGGGCCUGGUGGUGUGCAGGGGCACGUCCGUGGUGCUCAUCUGCCCGCAGGAUGGCAUGGAGGCCAUUCCCAACCCCUUCAUCCAGCAGCAGGACGCCUAGCGGGCCGGGGGGCGCCGGGCGGGGCAGAGCGCAAGGCCCUGUUCCGCGGGCUCGGCUACCCCCUCCCGCGCGCCACACCAUCCUCCAGAGCAGAAGCUCUUUUGUUUUUGUACAGGUUACUUUUUUGUUUUGUUAAUAAAACUGCAAAA